CCCUAUUUUAGAAAAUCACAAUCUGCAAAAAAAAAAGGACCUCUGUAGCCAACUCCUACUCAUUUUUGCCCCCCACUCCCAACAUGGAGGAAGAAAAGUAUCAAGAUGACUUACGGACUUACAAAGAAAAAUGUUGCAUCCAGAGACCCAUCUUCCACGUCUAUGUACUGCUGGCUCUCUCUUGCUUGCUGAGUGCUAUUUUCCUCAUUGUGGCUCUUUCUAAAGGAACAGUACUUUCAUCAGAACUGAGCAAAGUGAUCAUCGAGUUUCCAAAACCCAAACCUGGACUUGAUCAUGAAUUGUUCCCAUGUGGCCCUGACACUCCACAGUGGGAGUACUUUGAUGGAAAAUGUUACUACUUCUCCCUGGCGAAAAUGAACUGGAUGCGGGCCAAGGUUCAGUGUGAGGACAGACAAUCACAGUUGGCCAUCGUCAAUAAUAUGGCAGAACAGAACUUCCUUCAGACCCGGUCCAGAAAUGAGCGUUACUGGAUUGGACUCCAUGACAUGGACCUUGAAGGACACUGGAAAUGGAUAGAUGGCAGUGAUUACAUAAAUAGCUUCACGUACUGGAAGCGAGGGGAGCCCAAUAAUGAUGGGUUCAAUGAGGACUGUGCACAUCUCUGGGUCAAUGGGGAAUGGAAUGAUGUCUACUGCACGUACCAAUGCUACUAUGUCUGUGAAAAGCCCUUACCGGGUGUAAGGCCACCGCAUCAAAGGAACACUUAAGCUUUUCUCAUGGACAUUCCCAAUGAGGAGGGGGACUGAUGGCCUAAUUGCCAAAUCCUGCAGACCUCAGACUAACAUGCACACACAGGAAGAGCUGUUUCACCUCUCUAAGCCAAGCAUAAAAAUCCCAAAGAGGCAUUCCAAAUAUCAAUCAUAAACUUUAGAAGUUUUAUUGGGACAGCCUCUUUGGAAUGUACAGACUUUAAUUUUAACCUGAUUGUACCAUUCUUGUUGUUAAGCAUGACUGAUUUUGAACAUCGUUGCUGACUAUCGUUUGGAGAAUUCUGGCAUUUAAUUAUUUCACAGAUCCUGCACAUAAAUCAAAUGAAUGUGAUCUUGCAUUUUUCCAGUGCAAAAAGCUGCUCUUGUGUACUCCUUGAAGUUUGGUGUGACAUGUAGAUUAAAAAUAUCUAUUUCCUG